AUGGCUAUCUCUAUUCAAUCUCUUUGUUUGUUUCUCAUCAUAGCCAUUUUCGGCUCUAUAAUGUCCGAUGCUAGAGAAAGCAUAUUCUUCCAUAAGGCCACUCCCAAACAAUUCAAUAUCGAUUCCCAAACCACUUCUUCCAAUUCUCAUGUUUCGUUACUUCAAUCCGACGCCAUCGAAAAAGCCAACAAAUUCGGUCUAGAUUCCAAUAGUCCCGUCGAUGAUCUUCCCACCCUUUAUUCUAACAAGAUCGAUGAAGAAGAAGAAGAUGACGACGACGAUGAGGAGGUUUCGGAGAGCCAACCAAAUAGUUUUGAAGGAAACAACGUUAAUUCCUACAACAACGAGGAUACAAGUCCAAUUUCAUAUGGAAAGUCAUACAUUAGCCAAUCCGAAAAUGACACUCCCAAAUCGGGUGUUCAGGCAUAUCCAUAUGGAAUUGGGGAGACACAUAAGUUGGGCGAUGAUGAUGAUAACCGAGAAGAUGAUAAUCAGAAACAAGGUGAUAUGGAGAAUCCCUUCAUUAAUGAGGACGAUGAGGUAUCGAAAGAUACUAACUUUGUUGAGAACCGCAAAAACAGCAUCGACACCAAUCGUUAUACGAGGAAAUCUAGUAACAAUCAGUACAAGGUUGAGAAACAAGGAAUGAGCGAUACGAGGUUUAUGGAGAACGGUAAGUAUUUUUACAAUGUGAACAAAAAUCCUUAUAGUUAUGAAAACAAUAAGAUGUACAAUUCAUAUCAAGGGCAAGUUGGCGUCAACAAUAAUGAUGACAAUUAUUAUGAUUUAAGAACAAAGGAAAAGGCCAACCGUUUCGAUCCUACCAAUGAAUUUGACAAUGAGGAAAAUUUCUAG